AUGUGUAUCUGGAUUAUAAAUUAUCAAGCAGGAGAAAUUGUUUAUCAACCAAUUAUUCAAUUAUUUGGUUUUGAUAAUAUUUAUCAUGAAACAAUUUUAGUCAAUAAUAAAUAUAAAUGGCCAAUUGUUCAAGGUCUCUUUAAGAUCUAUAUUGAACUUAAUCCAGGUGAAAAUAUAAUUCAACUGUCAACAUUAACUUCAGAAUUAUCAUUUACACUAAUCUAUAGUCCUUUGAAAACAACUAAUAUUACUGUUCGACUUAUUUAUGUAUCAUUUUCUGAUACAGUUAAUCAUAAUAUAGAAAAUAUAUGUAAAAAAUUUGUUUUUUUAACUAAACUUGUUCGAUGUACAUUCGAUGAAAUUCUUUAUAAACAAAUAGGAUAUAAACGCUCAUUAUUAUUUGAUAUUGAAAAAAAAAUUCAUCAUAUAUCAAUGUUAAAAAAAGAUUUCGAAGAUAAAUUAACUGGUAAUGAUAUAUUUAAAGAAACUUAUCGUCAAAUAUAUAAAACGGAUUUAGUUGAAAAUUCAUCAAUAAAACUCAUCAUUAAAUCAUCUAUUUCAUCAUCAUUAACAUUUGCUUAUACAUUUAAUAAUAUGAUUAUAUUAAAUUUACCAAAACAAUUUAGUUCUCUUCCAAUAUCAUUUGAUGAAUUCUAUGAAAAUCUUAAUACAAAUAAAACUGAAUCUUUAUUUUAUUCAAUUGGUGCUUAUUUACAUGAGCUUGGUCAUUUGUUUGGUCUUGAUCAUGGAAAUAAUCAGAGUUCGACAAUAAUGUCAUCAUCUAAAGGUUAUAUUGAUUCUGGAAAAGAUUUUUUUCUUGUUAGUCCAUGUAAGCCAAUAUUAAAUAUUUCAUGUUCCUAUUCAAAUGGUGUACUAUCGAAACAUUCCACGAAUCUUAAAUGUUUGUGUAGAUCAGACAUUCAUUGUCAAUUUGCAUUAAAAUUUAAUCAUCAUAAAUAUAAUGAAAAACCUAAUCAAUGUAUAUGUAAUGGACAAUUUCAAUUUGAUAUUGAUCAUUGUCAUCAAUUAAUGCUUCAAUUUGAUGGAAGACAAUAA